UAGCCUUAAAUUAUUAUCGAUAAUAAAAAUACUUUCUAAUUCACCGUUUGGCCCCUCGUUUCAAUUUGGGAAGCUCCCAAUUCCCCAAAUCGGGAGUCGAUCUUAAAAUCUCACCCAACAACUACUGACCAACACGACAAAAAGCUUAUAAAUGCAUGGGCACCCCAGAAACGCCCCCACCAGUGACGUCGUUUCGCCGCUUUAGAGAGGUCUCAGUCUAUAUCCUUCCUCUUCCUCGAGACAUCCAUCCAUCCAUCCAUCAAACUGUUCUCCUUCUUCUUUUACCCCAGAAAAAGAACAAAACAAAAGAAGCUUUCCUGUUUCAUCCAGCCGGACUCUCUCAGACUUAAGUUUACAAGCUCACUGUGCCUGUCCCCGCAUCACCCAGCACCCACAUUCCCCUCCAAACUCCAAACCUCGAGAAAACAUCUCUUCUUCUUCUUCUUCUUCUAUACAUGUUCUUGUUCUUCUCGUCUGUUACAGCGUCGGUAUCUCCGAAGCGACAAUGAAUGACCAGCUCCUGUCUCUCCUGUUGUUGGUGUUCUUCUUCUUCUUCUUCUUCUUCACCGCCGUUCUCUUCCCCAUUCAAGCUCAGCCCCAGGCUCUGAUCCUGCCCCUCCAGACCCAAGAAGUCCCGCCCGGGUCUGUCCCCAGGCCCCCCAACAAGCUCGCCUUCCGCCACAACAUCAGCCUCACCGUCUCCCUCACCGUGGGCACUCCCCCCCAGAACGUCUCCAUGGUCAUCGACACCGGCAGCGAGCUCUCCUGGCUCCACUGCAACCGGACCCCCGACUACCCCCUCUCCUUCGACCCCGCCCGCUCCGCCUCCUAUGCCCCCAUCCCCUGCUCCUCCCCCACCUGCACCGCCCGCACCCGCGACUUCCCCAUCCCCGCCUCCUGCGACGCCGGCAACCUCUGCCACGCCACGCUCUCCUACGCCGACGCCUCCUCAAGCGAGGGCAACCUCGCCGCCGACACGUUCUCCGUCGGGUCGGGCCGGAUCCCGGGCCUGGUGUUCGGGUGCAUGGGCUCCUCCUCCAGCACCAACCCGGAGGAGGACGCCCGGAACACCGGGCUCAUGGGCAUGAACCUCGGGUCGCUCUCCUUCGUCUCCCAGAUGGGCUUCCCCAAGUUCUCCUACUGCAUCUCCGGGUCGGACUUCUCGGGGCUCCUGCUGCUCGGCGACGGCGGUGGCGACGCCAACCUCUCGUCGUGGCUCACGCCGCUGAAUUACACCCCGAUGGUCCGGGUCUCGACCCCGCUGCCAUACUUCGACCGGGUGGCGUACACGGUCCAGCUCGAGGGGAUCCGGGUGUCGGACGUGAUGCUCCCGCUGCCCAAGUCCGCCUUCCUGCCCGAUCACACGGGGGCGGGUCAGACCAUGGUGGACUCGGGCACCCAGUUCACCUUCCUUCUCGGGCCCGUCUAUGACGCCUUGAGAUCCGAGUUUCUGAAGCAAACCGGAGGUGUGUUGCAGCAAUUGGAUGAUCCGAAUUUCGUGUUCCAAGGAGCUAUGGAUCUGUGUUACCGGGUCCCGCUGGGUCAGACGGACUUGCCGCCCUUGCCGUCGGUGAGCCUGGUGUUUCGGGGUGCAGAGAUGACCGUACCGGGCGACCGGGCGCUGUACCGGGUCCCGGGUCUAGCGAGGGGGAACGACUCGGUGCAUUGCCUGACUUUCGGGAAUGCCGACUGGCUGGGGGUGGAGGCGUUCGUGAUCGGCCACCACCAUCAGCAAAACGUGUGGAUGGAGUUCGAUCUCGAGAAAUCCAGGAUCGGUCUCGCACACGUGAGGUGCGAUCUGGUCGGUCAGAGAUUCGGUCUCGGCCUGCAGGGUAAGCUCCGACGCGGCUGAUCGGUACCGACGACGGCAGCUAUAGUCCUCCCGGUAAACCUAUGUAUACAUGCAAAGUUUCAUAUCAGUUUUGUAGAAGUAUGAUUUAUUAGGCUUGUAUCUCUCAACAAGGUGGCUCUGAACUAAAGACUUCGAGUUUUCUUCUCAAA